CUGUCUGUCUGUCUGUCCCUCCAGACUCAGAAAGAUAACCAUAUUUUAUUUGCAAAAAUGAGAAGAAGAAAAAAAUUAAUGAUUUAGAAAUAUGAAUUGGAAUUGUUACGGUCAAAUUUACUUUCUUCGGUUGGGUUGGGUAAUAGAUGGGUUUUGGUGUCGUUUAUUCAUGCUAAUACGUUUUACUUACUUUUUUUAAUAAAUACAGGGCGAAUCAAUUCUUUGAGGGCAAAGGAAGUAGUAGUAUUAUUAUUGACAAAUAAAGAGAGGAUUAUGAAGUAUGUAAGCAUUUUGAAGGAAGGGAAGGGUGAUUCAUAUUAAUGGCUUGCUUGUGCAUGACUGUACAAAGUGCAGAGAUGACAGUGGGAAAGCAAGCAGAUAAAGAACUUUAAUUUCCCUCCUUUAACCAAAAGUGAAAUAAAUAUAACAUUUUGAUUUUCCUUGAACCUCUUUCACACCUUCUUUUCCUUUCUUUCUUCAUUUAAUUCGUCAUUAAGUCUUCUUCUUCUUCUUGUCUUUCACUCAAACCCUCCCUCCCUCCUUCCUUAUGCUUACAACUUAGAAUCAAAAUGUGCAUUCUUCUUUUAUGAUCAUUGAGCCAGCUGAAUUAUUGAGCAGUAGUUGUGUUUUUCUGAAAGAGAAUGGCAGCAGCAGCAGCAGCACCUAAACAAGAUGAUCAGCAGCCACACCCUGCUAAAGAUCAGCUUCCAAAUGUCUCUUAUUGCUGCACAAGUCCACCACCAUGGCCUGAGGCAAUUCUGUUAGGCUUCCAACAUUAUAUUGUCAUGCUUGGAACAACAGUUCUCAUUCCUACAACUCUCGUUCCUCAAAUGGGUGGAGGCCAUGAAGAAAAGGCAAAGAUGAUCCAAACACUACUCUUUGUUGCUGGUCUGAAUACAUUAACACAAACACUCUUUGGGACACGCUUGCCAGCUGUCAUUGGGGGAUCAUAUACUUUUGUGCCUGCUACAAUUUCAAUCAUAUUGUCCGGUCGAUAUAGUGGCAUCUUGGAUCCUCAAGAGAAAUUUGAGCGGAUUAUGAGAGGGACUCAAGGUGCUCUUAUCGUUGCUUCAACUUUUCAAAUUGUGCUUGGUUUUAGUGGCCUUUGGCGUAAUAUCACCAGGUUCAUGAGUCCGUUGUCUGCGGUUCCUUUGGUGGCGUUAACUGGAUUUGGACUAUAUGAGUUUGGUUUUCCCUUGGUUGCAAAAUGUAUCGAGAUUGGACUCCCACAGAUCGUUUUUCUGCUAAUUUUCUCACAGUACAUUCCCCAUCUUAUGAAGGGGAAAAGUCAUAUAUUUGACCGUUUUUCUGUCUUAUUCUCGGUGGUAAUCGUGUGGAUAUACGCUCAUUUACUCACUGUUAGUGGGGUCUACAAGAACAAAUCUGACACAACUCAAUUAAGCUGUAGAACUGAUCGUGCUGGAAUCAUAGCCGGUGCUCCUUGGAUACGUGUUCCUUAUCCGUUUCAAUGGGGAGCUCCUACUUUUGAUGCUGGAGAAGCUUUUGCUAUGAUGGUUGCUUCGUUUGUUUCUCUCGUUGAGUCUACUGGUGGAUUUAUUGCAGUAGCUAGGUAUGCAAGUGCAACUCCUAUGCCACCUUCUGUUCUUAGCCGUGGCAUUGGUUGGCAGGGAGUUGGCAUUCUAUUUUCGGGAAUCUUUGGGACAGGAAAUGGUUCAUCUGUAUCCGUUGAAAAUGCUGGUUUGCUGGGUUUAACACGAGUUGGUAGCAGAAGGGUUGUGCAGAUAUCUGCUGGGUUCAUGAUAUUCUUUUCCAUUCUUGGAAAAUUUGGGGCAAUAUUUGCAUCAAUUCCAGCACCUAUUGUUGCAGCCUUGUAUUGUUUGUUCUUCGCCUACGUGGGGUCAGCAGGACUUGGGUUUCUACAGUUUUGUAACCUAAACAGUUUCAGGGUGAAAUUUAUACUUGGAUUCUCAAUUUUCAUGGGGUUAUCGAUACCUCAGUACUUCAAUGAGCACACUGCUCUCAAGGGUUAUGGUCCUGUUCACACAAAAGCUAGAUGGUGGAAUGAUAUGGUCAAUGUACCAUUCUCUUCAGAGGCCUUUGUGGGCGGAUUAUUGGCUAUGCUGCUAGAUGUAACAUUAAGCCACAACGAUCCUGCAACAAGAAAGGACAGAGGCAUGCAUUGGUGGGACAAAUACAGAUCCUUUAAAACAGAUUCAAGAAGCGAAGAAUUCUACUCGUUGCCCUUUAAUCUCAACAAGUUUUUCCCUUCAGUUUGAUUCUCUCAUCUUUAUGCAUUCUAUUUCGAAUCUAGAUCAACUUUUUCAAGCGGAUUUCUUGAAUGUGUCUUAUUACCUUGAAAGAUUUUUAAGCUCGAAUUCAAGAUCUGUAUAUUAUCUAAUUAAUUGCCAAAGAUGAUCAGUAUAUCUUUUUAAAACAUAA